AUGUAUUUAAGUUAUAAAACCGAGUUGAAAUCUGCACUGAAAGCCAUAUCACCGAAUGUGUCUACUGCGUCAUCGAGUUUGAAAGAGAAUUCAGACAAGAAUAAAGAAUCACUUGUAAGAUUACCGAAGAUAACUAUACCAAUUUUCAGUGGCAAUGGCCACUCAGCGAAAACCUGUCGUGGUUCUACGAGAUGUCGGAUCUGCAAGAGAAAGCACCACACACUUCUUCAUGGAAACAACUCACCAACAGUAGCGGUAGCUACCGAGCAGGCAGAAACUGAACAAAGUCAACCGGAACCGUCUAUUGACAUGAACCAGACCACAAGCAUUACAAGCCAUUUUGUGACAGGAAAGGUUUCAAGCCAAACCUUAUUAGCUACAGCCUUGGUAAAGGCUGAGUCAAGAAAUGGUUCUCCUCUGAUAUUAAGAGCUCUGCUGGAUCAAGGAUCACAAGCAUCUUUUAUAUCGGAAGCAGCCGUACAGUUAUUACGGUUGAAUAAAGUUGCUGAGAAAACUAGUAUUUCAGGAUUAGGUGGUGGUCAGAGUGGCUUAACCUCAAAAUAUGUGGUUAAGGUCACGAUUCAGUCACUCUGUGACCCAACCUUUAAGUUGCAAGUGAAGGCUCACGUCCUUCAAACGGUGACUACAGUGUUACCACAAAGGAAGUUCACUCCACCCAGAUGGACUGAACUUGGCCGCAUCAGUUUGGCUGAUCCGCAGUAUAAUUCGCCUAAUAGAAUUGAUGUUCUCUUAGGCUCCGAGGUGUAUUGCGCUAUCCUGAAAAAGGGAUUGAUUAAAAGUCCUAAUGAUUUGAUUAUUGCACAGGAUACUUACCUUGGAUGGGUGUUGUCGGGUCAGGUUGACGGCUAUGAUAAUGAAGAAUCUACAUGUCACAACAUUAUAAUGAGCUUUCAUAUCCAGUUAGAAGAGAAUGAACUAAUCAAGAAAUUUUGGGAAAUCGAAUCUGAACCUUGUUCAAACAAAAAGAUAUUAACUCAAGAAGAACAGGAUUGUGAAGAUCAUUUCAACGCCACAACUUGCAGAGAUGAGACUGGUCGUUAUGUGGUGGAGUUGCCGUUUCGUCCAAAUGUUCGUCGAGACUACGGUGAUACAAGGUCCGUCGCAGUGAAACGUUUGUUUGGUCUAGAAAAGAGAUUGGAUAAGAAUAGCACAUUAAAGAACAAUUAUUCUGAGGUCAUAGAUGAAUAUUUGAAACUUGGUCAUAUGGAGAUUGUUGAUGAUGAGUCAUCAAAUAUGGAAGGUAAGGUAUGGUUACCACAUCAUGCGGUUGUUUGUAUGGAUAGAACAACAACAAAAACCAGAGUGGUUUUUAAUGCUGCUGAUAGAAGCGCUAAUGGAUUAUCCUUAAAUGAUACAUUAAUGGUUGGUCCAACCUUACAAAUGGAAUUACGCCACUUGAUAAUGCGUUGGCGUUCACACCCCAUAUGUCUCACUGCUGAUAUCAUAAAAAUGUAUCGACAAGUGAACGUAGCUGCAAAACAUACCGAUUUUCAGCGGAUUGUAUGGCGAUCUGAAGAGGGUAUUAUACGUGACUAUCGUCUUCUGACUGUCACUUUCGGCACUUCAUGCGCUCCUUAUUUAGCUGUUAAAGCAAUGCAACAAGUAGCUGUAGAUGAAGGUCGUAAUUUCCCGCACGCGGCAAGUAGAGUUCUAUCAGAUUUCUACAUGGACGAUCUUCUCACCGGCGCUGAAAAUGAAGAAGAAGCGGUUAAGAUUUAUAAAGAAAUGAAUGAAUUGCUAAAUAAAGGUGGAUUUCAAUUGCAGAAGUGGACAUGUAAUAAAAUAGGAGUACUAGGUGGUACAGAAACAGAUACAGAAAGAGAGUUUAAAGAGAAUGAUGUUACUAAAAUUGUAGGUAUUGCUUGGAAUCGCCGCACAGAUGAGUUUGGUUAUAACAUCAAGAUUUCUUCUGAUGCCCCUGCUCCUGAAACAAAACGCAAAGUGAUUAGUGAAAUCUGUCGACUAUAUGAUCCACUCGGGUGGAUAGCUCCGUGUGUUAUUAUAGCAAAGAUCUUCAUCCAGAAGCUAUGGAUUGCUGGACUGGACUGGGAUGAUAAAUUGCCAGAGGAGCUGAUACAAGAGUGGUCACAAUAUCGCAAGGACCUACCGAAGCUAGAAUUAUUUCAUAUUCCGAGAUGCAAGAAAAAAAGUGAUAUCAAAGUAGAGUUACACGGGUUUAGUGAAGCUUCUAAUGCAGGCUAUGCUGCUAUGGUUUAUAUUUGUUGCGUUACUAUGGGAAAUGAAGUUUAUACUCACCUGGUAACCGCUAAGACGAAAGUAGCACCCAUCAAGCAGAUAUCCAUCCCGCGACUUGAGUUGUGCGCUGCUGUUUUAGUUACUAAACUGCUUCUGGAAGUCUCUGAAACACUGAACAUCAAUAAGUUAGAUAUACAUGCUUGGACGGACUCUACGAUCGAGUUAGCUUGGUUGUCCGACCAUCCAAGUCGUUGGAAGACUUUUGUCACCAACAGGACUUCAGAAAUACUUACCUUAAUUUUCAGGAGAUUUCUACAUCUAAAAAUACCACUUCUGAAGAAUCUAAACACUUACCUUAUCUUACCGCCAAGGAGAUCCAGGAAUCACUUACCUGUUGCAUACUUCAGCAUCAACGUCGUUGGUUUGCCGAUGAAAUCAGCAUGCUUCUGA